CGUUUUCUGUGGGCGGGCGCUGGGGCGCGAGACAUGGCUGGUGGUGGUGAUAUUUUUACCGUAGUGUGAACCGGCGGGCGGCGCGAGGCGGGAGGGAGCAGUGCGGACGUCUAACAAAGCAAAGGCAUGCAGGGCGUGUAGCCACAUCAAAGUCCAGCAUCACGACGCCGCUCUCUCCGUCCUAGAAGCUCUAUAAGAAUACCACGCCCCUGUUCUUCUCUUGCAAGCUGAAACUGAACUCCCGCGCGGCAUGACUCCCGGACAGCUGCUCAAACAAACCACAGACUGAGUUGCUUACACUGCUCCUCGACAUCCUGCUCCUCCAACCCCUACUCCCCGUCCAUCUCUGUUCCCUUCUGCGCAAUCCCGAGAGGCCGCCUUCACCAUGGCUUUGGAGAUCAAGGUCGUGAGCGCCUCCAGCCUGCAGAACCUGGAGACGCUGGGAAAGAGUGACCCGUACGUGACAGUCAACUUCCAAGGAGACAAGAAGAAGACAGAAACCAAGUCGAGCACGUUAGACCCCGUGUGGGAGGAGACACUUCGCUGGGAGCUGUCCUCGAAGGCGCCGCGAGCUGACGAGUGCAUAGACAUCACCGUGAAGGACUACGAGAGGAUAGGCAGAAACAGGUUACUGGGCAAGGCGACGAUAGCGCUGCGCAAUGUGGUCCACGCAGCCCCCGGGACGCCCCUGGACUACGAACUGGGUCUUUUGGAUGCCUCAGACUCCCCCACGGUCGGCACCCUCAAGCUGGUCGUCUCCUACACACCGCCAGCAGGAGCGACGAAGGGCGGGGCGGCGGCGGGGGCGGUGGGCGGUGGGCGGAGUGUUGGAGCCAUGGCAGCGAAGACAGCGGCGGUCACCUCAACUCUAUCGGACGGUACGGACCAGGGUCAGGAUUAUCGAAAGGUCACAACUCUCAAGGACCAAUCAGAAGCCAAGGGCAUCAGCCCCAUGCCGGACGUGGGCGUGGAGGGCGUGACGGAGGGCAUGCCGACCCUCAUGCCCCAGCAGAGGCACAGAGACAGGCUGUCCAACGUCAAGACCAGUUUCCAGGUGCGGGUGCGCGUGGUGGAGGGCCGGCAGCUCCUCGGCGCAAACAUGAACCCGGUGAGCCGUGUGUCGCUGGACGGCCAGACGCGCCAGACAAGAGUCCACAAAGGCACCACCACACCCUGGUUCGACGAGAUCUUCUUCUUCCAGGCCGAGCUGCUGCCCACCGAGUUCCUGGAGAAGUUCUUAGAGUUUAAGGUGUGCAAUUCGUGUGGCAUACGGUCUAGCACAACCAUUGGAGCUUUCAAGUGUGAGGUCGGCAUGGUGUAUGACCAGCCCGAGCACGCCAUUCUGAACCGCUGGCUGGUGCUGGCAGACCCUGACGAGGCGACCCCCACCGUGCAGGGGUACCUCAAGGUGAGUGUCGCGGUGCUGGGUCCCGGUGAUAUGUGUCCUGACAUGAUCGCCCGUCAGAGUGAGCAGGAUGAUGUGGAGGCCAACCUGCUGUGGUCCGCGGGCGUCCACCUGCAGCCCGCCACCUUUGUGCUCUCCGUCUACUGCGCCCAGAACCUGCCGCAGAUGGACGCAGGCACGAUGCAGACGCUGAAGGAGGUGUUGGGUAUCGGCAAGGCCUCCAAGGAGCUGGUGGACCCUUAUUUAAUGGCUUCCUACGCCGGCCGCGAGGUGCAGACCAAGAUAAUGUACACGAACGAAAGCCCGGAGUUCCGCCAAAACCUGUACAUGGGCUUCCUCUUCCCCUCCAUGUGCAACGUGAUCAAGAUUGUCCUCAAAGACUGGGACCGAGUGGGCGAUGAUGACACCAUCGGCACGGCCACCAUCCCCGUCUCGGCCAUCUCAGCACCUGGCGAGGACGGCUACCUCCCCACCUUCGGGCCGGCGUGGGUGAGCGUGUACGGGACCCGCCGUGAGUGGGAGCUGCUGGAGUCCGAUGCGUCCUCGCAGAUGAACAAGGGCCUGGACGUGGGCUGCGCCUACCGCGGCCGCGUGCUGCUCUCCCUCCAUACACAGGUCGGCGCCUACCCCCCCGCGCCCACCACCGCUAUUGACAACGACGAUUUCAACAAAGUGCGGAGGUUCCGUGGCACCCGUAAGUUCGUGUUGGUGUGUCAGCUGAGCGGUGCCUGGCUGCUGGAGUCCGCCGAGAAGCCCCUGGAGCUGGAGGUGAGCGUCGGGAACUUCGGCAACAAGCUGGAGAACAAGAUGCUGCCCUCGCCCUCCUCCACCCAUCCCGCUAACCCUGUCUUCGAUGGCUGCAAGUAUUACUUCCUGCCGUGGUCUGGCGUGGAGCCGUUCGUGACCGUCCACUGUGAUUUCGAGGACGUGACGCACCGCCUUCAUUGCGCCAACCACAUCAUCUCGAUCACCAACGCGCUGAAGAAGAAUCUAGACACUCUCCACGCCCUGCUGCGAGGAAACAAGCAGGAGAGGGAGGUGUCGGAGGCAGUCCAAGUAGCAGUAUCCAGACUUGUGAAGGACUGUAGCCUGGACCUCCCCGUUGUGGACCCAGUGAGACACAGCGAGACAACCCUAGACAUUAAUUUGAGGAGACGGCGGCGCAGGGAGCUGGACGAGGUGAAGAAGGCGAUGCAGAAUCUGGACAUAAGUGACUCCCAGCAGGCGGUGGCCGAGCUCGAAUCUGUUCUUAUCCAACUCGAAAAUCUGGCGCAGGAGCCGCAGACCAGCGUGCCCGACGUGUUCCUGUGGCUGAUGAGCGGGACGCGUCGCCUUGCCUACAUACGCAUUCCUGCCCACUCGGUCCUCCACGCCCACGACCCCAUGGCCCAGGGCACACUGUCGGGAAAGUUCAACACGUACGCCCUCACGAACCCAGACGAUGACUCUCGCUGGGGCCUGGGCGGCGUGGUGCGGGCGUCCGUCUGGCUGGGCCGCGAGGAGGAGCUGCGGACGUGGUGGGACGCGAGGACUGACCUGCAGCUCACCGUGUACGCCGAGACCUACGAGAACCAGGUGGUGUCAGUGCCCGGCAGCGGCAAGUGGAAUGACAGUGGCUUGCUGAUGACGCGGCCAAAGUUCUCCGACGCUGACGGCCUCCUGAACCUUCCCCCGGAUGCCUUCACCGCCCCCGAGGGAUGGACCUUUCAGGGAGAGUGGUUCGUCGACCCUGACCCGAGCCUGAGGUUUGCUGCUGACGCCGGCCGGCAGCUCUUCACGGAGGAGGUGUUCGAGCAGCAGAUGCGGCUCCCCGGCGGCACGUGGGUCGCGGCGCCCAGCUCGUGGACGGACGUGCGCAACGACACGGCCACCGCCAGGGACGAGGUCGGGCUGCCGGAGGGCUGGGCGUGGCGAGACCUUUGGGCGUACGACCUGCAACGCGCGGUGGACGGGGAGGGCUGGGAGUACACCGUGGAGACUGGCCUCAUGGGCUGGUCACCACAAGAAAGGAUUUACCACACGAGGAGGCGUCGACGCUGGAUCAGGGAGCGACACCUUGUGCAGAAAGUGAAGAAGAAGGAGACAGUGCCAGUGGAUGGGUGGGAGUACGCGCCACUGUUCCGCCUGCAAUUCCAUGCCAUUGAACGAAAGGUGGACAUGGUGCGACGGCGGAGAUGGAGGAGACGCCUUGUGCCCUCCCAGCCUGGCCUGCCCCCGACGCCUCGCCUCUCCAUCACAACUGGCAAAGGUGAUGAGAAGUACCCUCAACUUACCUGUCCUCGCAUGUACCUGAUGAGCGCUGAGCGUCAUCAGUACCAGCUCCGGGCACACAUUUACCAGGCACGAGACCUCAUCCCUGGUGACAAGACUGGCCUGGCUGACCCGUAUGCUGUGGUGAGCUUCUGCAAUGGGACGCAGCAGACCGAGAAGCAGAUGAAGACCCUCUGCCCGACGUGGGACCAGACGCUGAUCUUCGACGAUGUGUUGCUGUCGGGCCACGUCGAGGCAGCCGCCACCCAGGCCCCGAGUGUAGUGGUGGAGGUGUUUGACUGGGAUGCACGGGGUGCCCCCGAAUACCUAGGCCGCGUGUUCUGUCGCCCCUCCGUAGUGGUACCCUCCAGCGAGUACAAACCUCUGCCUCUCCAAUGGUACCAGCUAGCACAGGGAAAUGAGAAGCAAGGUGAGCUUCUGGCAUCAUUUGAACUGCUGCUGAAGGACGGGGAGGAGGAGCUGCCGAUGCUGCCACCAACCCGCCUUGGAGGGGACCUGUACAUGGUGCCCUUUGGUGUGCGGCCACUGCUACAGAAGACGCGGGUGGAGAUCUUGUGUUGGGGCGUAAGGAACAUGACCACCUAUGAACUGCAGUCCAUCACUCGGCCCUCCAUUGAGUUUGAGUGUGGGGGCGAGCGCAUCAUCUCUCCCACCAUGAAGAACCUCCGCAUCAACCCAAACUUCGACAAGCCACACCUCGUGUUUGAUGUGGAGCUGCCAAAGGAGGCGCUGUACAUGCCGCCCCUCACAUUGCGCGUAGUGGAUCACAGGGCCUUCGGGAGCAAGCCUGUAGUGGCGACAGCGGUGGUGUGUGACCUGCAGCGCUACACCGUAGAGCCCAAGGCAGUCAAGAGGAAACGUAAGAACAAGAAGUCUACCCUCGGCCAAAGAGAGAGCUUGAGCCUGGGCUCCCUCACCGCUCUGGACAGCAAGACGUUUACAGAAAAGGAGCCCCACCACCGACCCAUCCCCAGUCACACCCAGGCCUUACGGGAGCCAGGCACAGUGGAUGUGGACAUAGACUGGUGGGCCAAGUACUAUGCAUCCUGUGGCCAGCUAGAGAGAGCUGGAUCCUACCUCGUCAAAGGGUAUGAGAGGCUGGAGGUGCUGCCGGGCACACUGGAGGAUGAGGCAAGGUUUUCAGGGUUCAAGGAUAUGGUGGACAUCAUCCCCUUGUAUCGAGGCCGUGGUGACAACGCUCAGCUGGCGGGAGAGUUCAAGGGAACAUUCCGCAUGUACCCACUGUCUUCAGAGGAACCUGAUGAGCCCCCCUUGAUCCUGGCCGGCUACCCCCCCUCAGACCUACAGGAGGUGGUGGCCCGAGUGUACGUGGUGAUGGGCCAAGACCUCGCCCCCAAGGACGCUGGCUGCUCCUCAGACCCUUACGUUGUGGUCAAGCUCGGCAAGACCACCAAGUCCUCCAAGGAUGACUACCGACCCAACACUCUCAAUCCCAUCUUUGGACACGUCUUUGAGGUGACGGGAACACUGCCGCUGCACAAGGAUCUCACAGUUCAGGUGUGGGACCGCGACCUCAUCACUUCUGAUGACCUGAUAGGUGAGACUGUCAUUGACCUGGAGAACCGCUACCUGACCCGCCACCGCUGCACUGUGGGCCUUGCUCGACAGUACCAUGUGAGUGGCAGCAACAUGUGGCGGGACGUUCAGCUUCCCUCAGAGAUCCUGGCCAAGGUGGCUCGGGAGAGGAACCUUGAGGGGCCCUUGUGGCAGCAGCAGCCCUUUAGCCUCACUCUCGGGGGCACCACCUACACCCUCACAGAGUUUGAACACCCUGAUGUUGUCUUGCCGCCCACUGUGGGGAACCCGAGGGAGCGUUUGGCCCUCCACGUGCUGCACAAGGCAGUGCCACUCGUCCCGGAGCACGUGGAGAACCGGUCCCUCAUGCACCCCGGCCACCCCGGCAUUCCCCAGGGCCAGCUCAGGCUCUGGGUGGACAUCUUCCCUUCCUCAGCACCUUCCCAGAGUCUCCCGCCCCCUGUUGACAUCACGCCUCGCCAGCCCCACAAGUAUAUGCUCCGAGUGGUGGUCUUCAACGUGUUUGAGGCGCCCCUGCAGGAGAUGUCUGUCGUGGGUGGUGAGAAGAUGAGUGACGUGUAUGUGAAGGGCUGGCUGCAGGGCACCAACAACGUCCAGAAGACUGACACCCACUACAGGUGCAUGGAUGGGGAGGCCAACUUCAACUGGCGCUUUGUCUUUCCGCUGGAGAUGCUGGAGGCGGAGCAGGUGAUGCUGGUGGAGUACAAGGAGCACCCAUGGAGCCUGUCGUCCACCCAGCAGCGGCGUCCCCCGCAGCUCACCCUACAGCUCUGGGACAAUGAUCUUAUCCUCAGAGAUGACUAUUUGAGUGAGAUGACCCUUGACCUGUGCCAUCUGCCCAAGCCCGCCAAAUCCACCAAAGGGGUUGGCCCUGCUCAGGUGCCUCAGAUGAUGGGCAACGGCACAUCCAACAGUGUGGCCAUCAGCUUCCUGGACGACCACUCCACCUCCGUCAACCUGUUCGAGGCCAAGCGAGUGUACGGCUACUUCCCUUUCACCACCGUGGAGGAUGGUGUCACCACCAUUGCUGGCAAGAUUGAGAUGGAGCUUGAGGUGGUGAGCGAGGAGGAUAGCAAGCAGAGGCCAGCUGGACUGGGACGAGAUGAGCCAAACAUGAACCCCAAACUACCGGAGCCAAACCGUCCAGCGACCUCCUUCCUGUGGCUGUCAUCUCCUUGGAAGUCCUUCAGACACAUCUUGUGGAAAAACUACAAGUGGUAUUGCAUCACGCUGGUGGUGCUCAUCAUCCUGUUCCUCUUCCUCUUCCUCUUCCUCUACUCCUUCCCUGGCGCCACUGUCGAGUAUCUUAUGGGCACGUACUAAGGGCGUGGCGCACCCGAGGAAGCAAGUCAUCCUUUGAAUCCACCGCCGCUGCCGCCGCCAUGCUCCUCUGCUUCACGGGGCUUCAUUACACGGGGCUUUACUUCAUUAUAUAGGCAAGAUUUUAUCGUGUCAUGUAUUCUUAAUAAAGUUUUACGUAGUUU